UUGUUCUCUCGUGGCCCAACUCCAGGCCUCCACGUUCUUCCCCCGCCCGCCCUCUCCUCCUUCUCCGCCUCCGAUCUCACAGCUUUUUCCUCUCCCACACCCUAGCGCAACCUCCAUCCUCAUCAAUCCAAUUCAACAUUCUUCUUCUUCCUCCUCUUCUUCCAUUAGAGAUUUUCAAUCAAUCUUCGUUAACUUCUAAUCUCUAACCUUCGUUCUUCAAGUUCUUCAAUGCAUUUGACAAGAUUCAAAAUCAAUAAGACACUUCCUGUAGUAUUUCCCUUUUCGCGUCAGGUGGCCUGUGUGUUAUCCACCGAACCGCAUAAAGAACAUCACCAGGACCCGCCAUGGCAGCUCCAGGAUCAGUUGCUCUAUUCGGUAUCUUCUAUUCUCUCUAAUUCGUCUCUCGACUCUUCUAAAUGUAGAGCCCUCUUGCCCCAUUUGUCUCCUUUUCAGUUUGAUCAGCUCUUCUUCUCCGUUGGAUUGAAAGCCAAUCCCAAAACUUGUCUUAAUUUCUUUUACUUUGCGUCUGAUUCUUUCAAGUUUCGAUUUACCAUUCGCUCCUAUUGUUUAUUGAUUCUUUUGCUUGUUCAUUCCAAGUUUUUACCACCCGCGAGAUUGCUUCUGAUUCGUUUGAUAGACGGGAAGCUCCCGGUGUUGAAUUCGGAUUCAAACAAGCUUCACAUUGAGAUAGCUAAUGAAUUAUUUGGUUUAACUUCAGUUGUUGGGCGGUUUGAAUGCACACAUGCAUUUGAUUUGUUGAUACAUGUAUACAGCACACAAUUCAGAAAUCUUUGCUUUAGUUACGCUGUUGAUGUGUUUUAUUUGUUUGCUCGCAAGGGAAUCUUUCCGUCCUUAAAGACUUGUAACUUUUUAUUGAGCUCUUUGGUGAAGGCUAAUGAACUUGAGAAAUGCUGUGAAGUAUUUGAAGUGAUGUCCCAAGGUGUUCGUCCGGAUGUUUUCCUGUUCACGAAUGUAAUAAAUGCUUUGUGUAAAGGAGGGAAGAUGGAAAAUGCCAUGGAGUUAUUAAUGAAUAUGGAGAAGUUGGGUAUUUCUCCAAAUGUAGUUACUUAUAAUAGUGUCAUUCAUGGUUUAUGCCAGAAUGGGAGAUUAGGCGAUGCCUUUGAGCUCAAGGAGAAGAUGACAAUAGAAGGGGUAAAGCCAAGUCUUAUAACUUAUAGUGUGCUUAUUAAUGGUUUGACGAAACUGGAAAAAUUUGACAAAGCGAAUGAUGUUUUAAAUGAAAUGGUUGAUGCGGGUUUUGUUCCGAAUGCAGUUGUCUACAAUACUUUAAUUGAUGGAUACUGCAAAAUGGGCAAGAUCAAUGAAGCACUUAAGAUUAGAGAUGUGAUGGUAUCCAAAAAUAUAACUCCUACUUCAGUUACUUUUUAUACUCUCUUGCAAGGAUUUUGCAAGAGUAAUCAAAUCGAGCAAGCACAGAAUACUCUUGAGGAGAUAUUAUCACAAGGAUUUCCUAUAAACCCUGUUACCUGUUAUUCGGUUAUCCACUGGUUAUGUACGAAAUUUAGGUUCCAUUAUGCAUUGCGAUUUACCACGGUGAUGUUAUUGAAGAACUUCAGACCUAGUGAUCAGCUGUUAACCAUAUUGGUAUGUGGGCUCUGUAAGGACGGUAAACAUCUAGAAGCAACUGAGCUUUGGUUUAGGUUAUUGGAGAAAGGGUCUCCAGCAAGUACCGCAACCUCCAAUGCUCUAAUUCAUGGACUUUGUGGGGCUGGUAAAAUGGCAGAGGCUGUUAGAAUACUCAAGGAGAUGUUGGAGAGGGGUUUUUCAUUGGAUCGGAUCACGUACAACACACUCAUCUUAGGUUGUUGCAAAGAGGGAAAAGUAGAGGAAUGCUUUAGACUUAAAGAAGAGAUGACUAACCAAGGAAUUCAACCAGACAUCUAUACUUGCAAUUUUCUAUUGUAUGGACUGUGCAAUGCUGGAAAAUUAGAUGAUGCUAUUAAGCUUUGGGAUGAAUUCAAAGCCAGUGGGUUAAUUUCUAAUGUACACACUUAUGGGGUUAUGAUGGAUGCUUAUUGUAAAGCUAACAGAAUGGAAGAUGUUGAAAAAUUAUUCAAUGAGUUGGUCACUAAGAAAAUGGAGCUAAAUUCCAUUGUCUACAACAUAUUUAUCAGAGCACAUUGUCGUAAUGGAAACGUUGCUGCAGCUUUGCAACUUCGUGAUGAUAUGAAAAGCAAGGGAAUUUUUCCAACUUGUGCCACAUAUUCUUCUCUAAUACACGGCAUGUGCAACAUUGGGCGUGUUGAAGAUGCAAAACAUCUUAUUGAUGAAAUGAGAGAGGAGGGAUUGUUGCCAAAUGUUGUUUGCUAUACUGCAUUAAUUGGCGGUUAUUGUAAGCUGGGGCAAAUGGAUAUUGCCGAAGCAACUUGGCUCGAGAUGACCUCUUUGAACAUAAGUCCUAAUAAAAUUACCUAUACUGUCAUGAUUGACGGGUAUUGUAAAUUAGGGAAUAUGGAAGAAGCAAAUAACCUUUUGAGCAAAAUGAAAGAAAGUGGAAUCGUCCCAGAUGUCGUUACUUACAAUGCCUUGACUAAUGGGUUCUGCAAGGGAAAGGACAUGGAUAAAGCUUUUAAAACAUGCGAUGAAAUGGCCACCGGAGGAUUGUCUUUAGAUGAAAUUACUUACACUACUCUCGUGCACGGUUGGAAUCAACCAACAAUUACGAGCCAAGACUGAUCUAAUUUCUGCAGAGUGACUGGAUACGUCAGUAUUGUUUAGCUUAUGCAUUCCGAUAUAUUGGAGGCUAUCCACCUUCUCUUGUUCAAAUGAAAGAGCCAAAGACGAACAUCCGUCUUUAGUCUCUGGAGGCUGAUCAGGGAAGUGCUUAGCUCGUAAUGUGUUGAGAACAUAAAGUGCUCUAUCAAGAUCCCCAGCAAAAAAAGAUAGCAAUCAAUGUGAUAAUGAUAGAGUGACAUUGGUUCUUCGACUCGAACCCAAAUGAAACUUGGCAAAUGUAUUAGAUCUGUGUUGAUGCAGAUUUUGCAGGCUUGAAUCUGUAUCUCAGGAAACAAUGUCGUCAUAUGUGGGAGGUUUUCAUCGGCACAUUGGAAUCGGCCAUAGAAAUUGCUCAGUUUCAUGCAUAUAGGUAUUCCAAUCUAUACCCGGUUAGCAAAUCAAUUUCAGCCACAUGGAAGUUGAAUAAGCCCUUCAUUCUCUCGUUGGACAAAUACGCUUCUUGUUUGUAUACACCACGUCAGGAUAUGCUUGUAAGUACAGUUGAUUCUAGUUCUCAUAUAUAACACAAUCACAAAUCUUGGGAAAUUUUCUGUACUUGUUGUUGGCUUGUGGACUUAGUGAGGUUUAUUUAAUACAAUUGCUUUUUAAAUGGAUACUGUUGAUUUAAUCUGUUUAACAACAAAGGGGCCUGGCUCUAUUUGCCUUUUGUGAAUUCAAAAGCAAUAAGGUUAUCUGGAUGGAGCAACAGCCCUUUGUUAAACACCCUUUUAACUGUUUUCGUCAUUAAACCAAUUGACCUGGGUGUUAACUGCAGCCCCACCGCCAUUGGGAAUGCUCUCCAGGACAUUCUCGUGGCCUUUGGGAUAAUAAAUUCCAGUUCGCCCAUCAAGCACCCAUGGAGUUUCCUCACCCCUCACAGGGCUCUUGUUGCUCUUCAGUUCCUUGCUUUCUGUUUCAACUCUCUCCCUCAUCAUAUCUGGAGAAGAGCUUUUUCUGUGGAAGCCCUUCCGCCCGAUCGGCCUGCGCUAAAGAAUUCAACCGAAUCAGAUAAACAAGCAUUCUAAUCUUAGAUCAAGGAAAUUAGUUGAUGGCUGAGUUGAAGAAGGAACUUACUUGAAGAACAUGGAGUUCAUUGACUGAGCCCCUCUCACAAAUGCAGUGGCCAUGCCUUCCUCCCAAUGAGGUAAGUGAAGAUGGGAUGAACAAAUGGGAAUUUGGUUGUUUUGUAUAUAUAGGUGAAAAGUGAGGCUAUCCAUUUCCUCCAUCCCUAUGAAGAUUCUGAAGAAUGGGAUGAAUUUGUCCUUUUAUUUACUCCUUUUGUGCUGCCCACUCCUUGGAGUUGGUUUGUGAAAAUGAACCUUCAAAAUUCCUCUUCCCAUACUCCAUAAGCUACAGAAUGUUAUUGGGCCUAAUGGGCUUUGCUUUCACUGAGCCUUGACUUACCUAAUGGGCCUAAUAGGCCUAAUGGGCUUGCUUUGCCGUCUCUUGAUCUGUACCUCCUGGCCCAUAAUGAAACCAUUGAUUUCAGGAGCUUUUUUAGGGUUUGAGAAAGGGAAUUUUAGUCCACUUGUUUCGAUUGGGACAUCUAAUUUAUUCUGGCCA